AAAAGCGGAUCUUGAUGUAACGAGUCUCGUCGAGAGUCAGUCACUUUGCAAUAAUGUGUACGAUCUAUCGGUUGAUCUUCUGCGCGACAUUAAUUUAUUGUGUUGCAGGAGUCAGAUCGCAGAUCGCAGACGACGAGAAGCGGAUAAGAGACCCCGCGUCGAUCGAAGUUCCGAUCGAAGACAUCGACAAUGCCGAAUCCUCGGUAGAACGUCUACGGCCCGUCAUAGUCGGAGGAGUUGACGAUCAAAGACCGGAAGUCGAAUUAUAUUGCUGGGAAGUAGAUCCGCCCGAUGACGUGCCAAACUUAUCGAGUCCUCUCGAGUGUGCGCGCACUUGCAAUGACGACGAAAAACCCAAAACUUGUUAUUACCGUUUUACUGUGAACAUGUAUUAUACACUUACCAGGGCUUGCGAUCUGUGUAAAGUGAACAAAACCAACACCUUCUGCAACAAUUGUCAAUGUGUGUCCGCUGAUGGAGUGGAACGGGCCAUUAUAACGGUAAAUCGUAUGCUGCCCGGGCCUUCUAUCGAUGUUUGCGAGGGCGACAAAGUCGUGGUUGACGUCGUAAAUAAUUUGGAGAGCGAGGAACUAACAAUUCACUGGCACGGAUUGUUUCAACGCGACACUCAAUAUUACGACGGUCCGGACCUCGUAACUCAGUGUCCCAUUUCCGCGCUAAGUACAUUUAGAUAUCAGUUUAACGCGGACAACGCCGGCACUCACUUCUGGCAUUCUCAUUCUGGAUUACAAAAAAUGGAUGGAGUCUUUGGGAGCCUUAUUGUACGUCAGUCGCAGAAACGCGAUGUUAACAGUAACUCGUACGAUUAUGAUUUGUCGCGUCACACAGUUGUAAUCAACGAUUGGAUGCACGAAUUAGCUUCGGAGCGAAUACCCGGUGGUCUCAGAAAUACGCAGUUCCAAGACCCGAAUACUUUUCUGAUCAACGGCAGGGGACAAUAUCAAGAUCCGGAAACUGGUAAUAUAAUCAACCGCGAGAUUUUUCGCGUCGAACGUAACUCUCGCUAUCGAUUCCGUAUGAUAAAUGCGUUCUGCACGACUUGUUCUUCAAUUUUAACCGUUGAGGGUCAUAAUCUCACUAUCAUAGCAAUGGACGGUGUCUUGGUCGAACCCACCAUAGUGACUUCUAUAAUUAGCGUUGCAGGGGAACGCUAUGACUUUGUUGUGAAUGCAAAUAAUAAAGUCAAUUCUUACUGGAUUCAACUUCGUGGAAUCGCAUCCUGCAAAACCAAGGCUAUUCAACAGUUAGCUGUGUUACAGUACGAAGGUGCUGCAUCGAAUACACCGUCAACACCUGCGCCCACUUUAAACGAUCCGCUUCCCGAAGGGAUUGUAUUGAACCCACUUGAUGGUCAGUGCGAUCGUGCGAGGCCAAACGCGAUUUGCGUUGGCAAUUUGAAGAGCGCGGUUGAGGUCGACAGAGACAUUGCUAAAGAAACGCCAGACGCCAAGUUUUACCUACCGUUCAAAUUCUAUCAAUAUAAUAUCGAAGAACUCUUCGCGCCCAACAAUUUCGAACUAUUUGUAGUUGCGCCUCGUUCCACUCAUUCGGCCGCUACUCUCAGUGAUAUUUCGUUCCGUUUACCACCGUCACCGUUACUUUCUCAAGCAAACGAUAUUCCGUCUGAUAUGAUCUGUAAUAGCACGCACAAACCGGACUACUGCGUAGAUGGGAAAUUGUGCGGUUGCACGCACGUCAUAGAACUACCAUUCAAUGGCAUUGUCGAACUCGUCUUAAUUGACGCAACCGAAACUCCCAACUUGUAUCAUCCGUUCCAUCUGCACGGCUACGCUUUUAAUAUAAUAUCCAUGGGCGUUCCGAACAACGGAACUGGAGCUACUGUAGACGAAAUAAAGAAAAUGGAUGAGGAGGGUCUUCUGCCAAGAAGAAUCUCCGUACCGCCGUUUAAGGAUACUAUUUCUGUACCGAGUAAGGGAUACGCAAUUGUACGUUUCCGUGCAAACAAUCCCGGUUACUGGAUUUUUCAUUGUCACUUUAUCUUCCAUCUGGUACUAGGCAUGGCUAAUGUGUUCCACGUUGGAGAACCGCAUGAUCUUCCGCCUGUCCCACAAGGUUUCCCAACAUGCGGAAAUUACAUCCCGUCAAUAUCGCCGUAGUAAUUGAACGAUUAACGCAACGUGUAAUAUGCAUCACAACGUGUGUUGUUAAUAAUGCAUAUGUACACAGCGCGUCAGGAAUUCGAAGAGUAGGCGCGGGAUCGGAGGGCAAGCGGGGCGGUUGCUCGCCAACAA